ACAUGUAAAUUUUACAUUUACAGUGAAGCCGAGGAUCAAACUCGUGGCAGAACAGCAGGCCAGUGGUGGUCAUCCAGCCAUGCUGAUGUGCAGUGCGUACAACUUCUACCCCCGAGUCAUUGAUGUGUACUGGCUGAGAAACGGGGAAAAGGUGACCAGUGAUGUGACCGCCACUGAGGAGAUGGCUGAUGGAGACUGGUACUACCAGAUCCACUCCCACCUGGAGUACACGCCCACAUCUGGAGAGAAGAUCUCCUGUGUGGUGGAGCACGCCAGCUCCAAGAAGCCCAUCAUCAUUGAGUGGGGAGGAGGUUUAAGUCAUACUGGAAAUACAGUCUGGCAAAAAAGCUGAAAAACAAC